UCGUUUCUUCAUCUUCCGCAAGCCUAUAUUUCAUUCCUUCUAGUCACUUGAAGAUGCCGCCCACUGUUGAAGAUAUCUGGCGAUCUGAUCGCCUCAUUUAUCGCUCCAUACGCGAAGAUGACCAAGAGUGGUGGUUCAAGAACAUCGACGGUGAUCCCAACAACAUAUGUCUCAGUACCCCCCUCAUCCUCGCUCCCCCAAGAAAGGCCAAGACGGAGGAUUUCAUGAAGCUCUGGACAACACCUGAUAGCUUGCUGGAUUGCAUUGUCUGCUUACGUCAGCCUAAGAACACUGGCAAGGGCGACGAUACUGAGGCGCCAGAAACCCGAAUUGGCUUUGUCCGGCUCGCCCACGGCGGAUAUGGGACUUCACCCCACAGUCGUGCAGGCAACUUUGGGAUCGUUCUCGCGGCGCCCUACCAAAACAAGGGAUACGGAACUGAAGCUACAAAUUGGAUUUUGGACUGGGCAUUCCGGCAUGGAAACAUGCACAGCGUCAACCUAGGCACAAUUGACUAUAACAAACGCGCCCAUAGGUGUUACGAGAAGUGUGGGUUCAAACUUGGAGGGCGGAGAAGACAGUGUUUCUGGCACGAUCGGAAAUAUUGGGACUUGUUAUUUUAUGACAUCUUGGAGGAGGAGUGGAAAGAGCUUCGGGGGUACCAAUGAAGGAGGAUAUUCCCACGAAACGGCAGAUGAUGAUUGAACAGGAAAUGAGCACCGCACGUGAUGUUGAUGGAAUACUCACGUGAACAGCCGUGAAAUAAGAAAUACAUAGACGUAUGUUCUCUAUUUCUUCAAUACCGACAAGCUCGACAGGCCCAAAGAUGUCUGAUCACACAGUUACCUUGUCCAAAAAUGCC